GACACUGUCUUGAACGCGCGUUCUAUGCGCGCCCCCGGCUGAAGGCGAAUGCGGCAGGCGACCAGAAAACAAGCAGCGGGCAGAGGAGACGGGAGGCGGCUCACCUUCACAUCACAAGACCGUGUUUUACAGCGAAGAUUUCACGCCCUGUUGGGGUCGUGUCACUGUCGGAAACGGCGAAGGAUUUUCAUCGGCAGAAAACCUUAGGAUGCAGUGUGUGUAGACUCAGCUGGUGACUCUUCUGCAACCGCCACUUUGCUUGUUCCAAGAAUUGGCCUGUUGGGGAGCAGAUUCCUGCCUCCCCCUUCUCUCAGUCUCACUCUUUGUCUGGAUAAAACCAAAGGACCCACUAUUGGAGUACAUAGCUUAUUCUCAUCUGUGUAGCCUGGAUCAGCACGGCUCAUCUCCUGACAGAGGAGAGCGUAGCAGCUGCACAAGAUUCACCUUCAAUUGACUGACCUCUCCUAGCCCCACCCCACACCUCAGCAUAGCCAUGGUGCUGUCACAACGGCAAAGAGAUGAGUUAAAUCGAGCAAUAGCCGAUUAUCUACGUUCCAAUGGAUAUGAAGAGGCAUAUUCCACGUUCAAAAAGGAGGCAGAAUUAGAUAAUAAUGAAGAAUUGGAUAAAAAGUACGCUGGCCUUUUGGAAAAAAAAUGGACCUCUGUCAUUCGAUUACAAAAGAAGGUAAUGGAGCUUGAAUCUAAACUAAAUGAAGCUAAAGAGGAGAUCACUCUUGGUGGCCCCGUUAGUCAGAAACGUGACCCAAAAGAAUGGAUCCCACGUCCACCAGAGCGGUACGCGCUGAGUGGGCAUCGCAGUCCAGUCACCCGUGUCAUUUUCCACCCAGUCUUCAGUGUCAUGGUGUCUGCAUCUGAAGACGCCACAAUAAAGGUUUGGGACUAUGAAUCAGGAGACUUUGAACGCACACUGAAAGGCCACACAGAUUCAGUUCAGGACAUCUCUUUUGAUCAUACUGGUAAACUGCUGGCAUCCUGCUCUGCAGACAUGACUAUCAAGCUGUGGGAUUUUCAAGGCUUUGAAUGCAUCAGGACCAUGCAUGGACAUGACCACAAUGUUUCGUCUGUAGCCAUCAUGCCCAAUGGUGAUCACAUUGUUUCUGCCUCAAGAGACAAAACCAUAAAAAUGUGGGAGGUGGCAACUGGCUACUGUGUGAAGACCUUCACAGGCCAUCGGGAAUGGGUUCGCAUGGUUCGGCCCAACCAGGAUGGAACACUUAUUGCCAGCUGUUCCAAUGACCAGACAGUGCGUGUAUGGGUUGUUGCAACAAAAGAGUGCAAGGCUGAGCUGCGGGAGCAUGAACAUGUGGUGGAGUGCAUCUCCUGGGCACCAGAGAGUGCCCAUCCUACCAUCCUGGAUGCCACAGGCACUGAGAACAAGAAGAGUGGUAAGCCAGGUCCCUUCCUGCUGUCUGGUUCCAGAGACAAAACCAUUAAGAUGUGGGAUGUUAGCACUGGAAUGUGCCUUAUGACACUGGUUGGUCAUGACAACUGGGUGCGUGGGGUCCUCUUCCACCCUGGUGGCAAGUUCAUUGUGACUUGUGCAGAUGAUAAGACCUUAAGGAUCUGGGACUACAAGAACAAGCGUUGCAUGAAAACCCUUUAUGCCCAUGAACACUUUGUUACCUCUCUGGAUUUCCACAAGGCUGCUCCCUACGUCGUCACCGGGAGUGUAGAUCAAACUGUAAAAGUGUGGGAGUGCCGCUGAUGUGCACCUCGGAGGAUUUGACUACCAUCCUAAUUGCCCAGAUGCUCUUCUUAUCCCACCGUCCCUUCUGCCAUACCACCUCUCCCUUCUUCAUACUGUCCUUCCCUCCAUCUAACAAUUUCACUUAUAAAGCGUCACCUCCUCCAGCUGCACUUAUCAUCAUGGUUCUCCCUGUCGCGCUUUCUGGUUCAAUAACUUUUGUCCUUUGUAAAUUAUUCCUGGAUGUAGAUUGAGCUAUUAAAUGUUACACAAAAAAGUAUUCUUGCAUGGUAAUCCAAAAUUGUAUACUGUAAAUUUACAUAAUGUUGUCUAGAAGUACCAUAGGUUUAACACAGGCUGGCUGUCUGUCAGGCAGCCUUAAAGACAAACUGAAGACUGGGUGUAAAAUAUAGGGCACUAAAAACAAUAAUUUAAGAAAAUGACAGUGUCUUUAUGUGUAAGAUUUACUUUUUUGUCAAUUUUUUCUAAUUUUGUUUAUUUUUUGUUUUUUCCAAACUGUCAUAGUCUGUUGGUGCCUGGUUUGGUUGGACCUUUUGGAAAAACGAGGCAGGAAAAGCAUUUAUGACACGAUAAGAUACAAAUGUAUGUGGGGCUUUGUUAUUGAAAUAAUCUGUAGCUUUAUAACAUCACUUCUCUCAAGUGUGCAUAACAUUUCUCUUCACGUGGAACUAGGUAAUAUUUUAGCAGCUGUAUAUACGAAUGUGUCAAACUGUUGUUGUCCGACUUUAAGAUCAAGGGGGUUAAGAUCAACUCAGUACUCAUAUGUUGGCACAUGAACCACUCCUAGGCUUCCAGUGAAUUAUUCCAUUAUUAUUGAAUCUGCAGCAAAGAAUAUACAUUUGAGCUAAGAUUUAGCAGAAGGCUAAAUGAAGCAAGACAGUUCAGUUUGACUUCAUUCCAGGUGGAUGUUUGUCUAGUGAAGAUAUUCCACUUAUUUAAUCUCAAGCACUUGAUAAAGACUUGACUACAAAAGUGUGUCUAAUGUCACAUAGGAUUAAAAAUAACAGCUUAAUAAAAAUGGUUCUGGGUUUAGAAGUUUUCUGUGAAAAUUACAUGUUAAAUCAGCUAUGGAAAGAUUUGAAGAUAAAUGAAAUGAUGAUUUGGUUGGAGAUAUUUCACUAGUGAGGAAAUUAGAGCAGCUGAUUUGUUAAGUGAUAAGUUGAUGCUGUUGUCUCCAAUGGGGUCUGAUGGCAAGGAGAAAUUCAAUCAUGAAGGAGUUCUUGCUGUGAAGAGAGGUGCUGCUGUUCCUGGAUCAGAUAAUGGAGUAGAUGUAAAAACACCUGAGCAGUGAAGAUCACAGAACAAGCGGAGACAUGAGGCAAACGUUGGGUGACAUUCUUCAAGUCUUAUGGCGUUGGUCUUGUUGGAGGUUGAACUGACAACUGUAAACUGGACCAUGUUGUAGAAAACAUUCCAGUCUUGGGCUUCAUUUUGAAGAUGUCAAAAAAGGACUGCUGUAAAAUUCCUGAUGAGCCUUUUCAUUCCAUUGAGGUUAUUGGCUGAUUUAAAAUCUUCACUGCUAUACUGAUCUUAGCAUCUUCCUCUUCCUUUAAACCCUGGAUGUGGUGACCUGCUGCUCAUUGUCCUACUGGUAGCUUCUGUGAGCCUGAUGUUGAUGAUGAUGUAACUCGUUGACUUGGCCCCGUUGCAUGUGAACCUUCACCAGAAGCAGAGCUGUCAGAACAUUGACUUUUACAGGAGUCUGACUGGAGACCAAUUGGACUUAAUUAUAUACGUUUAUAUAAAAACUGUACUUAAAGGACUUUUUGGCAGAGUAAUAUGAAAGUACUUCUUCAUUAUAGAACUUGCAACAGUACAAUAGCAGUGGUUUAAUUAGCUCAGCACAUCUCCGGUGUUUCUAAUAUGCUGCUUCUUUUCAAAUGAAGUGUUGAGACUUAUUGCUAUCAGUGCUCUCUGGCUUGAAAAAAAAAAAAAAACCAAAUCCAUUUAAUA